GACCCGGCUCGGGGUGCGUGCUGAGCCCGGCCCAGGCCCCACUGCCCCGCGCGGCCCCACACGCCGAUUCCAACAGUGGGAAAAGAUGAAUGAGGUAAGGGAUACCCUAAAAGUCAUAGAAGACAACUACAAGCUCUUCCUGCAGCAGCAGUUCACGUUUAUUGGAGCUCUGCAACACACCAGAGAGAACGCACACGACAUGAUCAGGCCCGUGGCGAGCAUCAGCCAGGUACAGUCCUACAUGGACCACCACUGUAACAACUUAACGGACAGGCGUAUCCUCACCAUGUUCCUAAACAUCUGUAAUGACCUGAGCAAUCUCUGCCACAAGCUGGAAACUAUGCAUCGUGGUAACAGCACAACCAAUGAAAUUUUGGAAAGAUGCAAGCUGCUCCUUAACCACAGCAAUGAUCUGAGCACCAUCCGAGCCAAAUAUCCUCACGAUGUUGUGAAUCACCUGAGCUGCGACGAAGCAAAGAAUCACUUUGGAGGUGUGGUGAGCCUCAUCCCCAUUGUCCUAGAUGGCGUGAAGGAGUGGCUGUCCCACAUUGAGAAGCUGCCACGGCACAUGGUGUGUAACGUGAGUGAUACAAGUGCUGAGAAGAGGGCACCCCAGGAUGCACCAUCUAGGGCAGCCAUUUCCCCCCAAACACCUUCCGUCCAUCCUGAAGCUCAGACCUCAGUUAGUAACAAAGAUUGUGUACAAGUGCAGGGGAAUAAGCGUGUCAGAAAGAAGCACAUGACUGACAGAGAAAACCACUGUGGGAAACUUAAAGGCCCCUGGAAACCACCUGGCAGACAUGCCUUUUAAAGGAUUGGAGGUCGUGUAUCUUCCACUUAACCACCUUUAAUCAGGUGGCUGAUUAAAGAUAGUGAAAUGAACGCUGCAAAUCCAAGAUCUGAAGAGUUAGUCCUGGCAGAUCUAUCUUCCUCUUCCUUGCUGUUAUUUCCACUCUCCUCCUGAAUGUCAGAUCUCAACAGAAGCACCUUUAUCACUUAUGGUCCCUUUGACAAGUAUUGUGGUGAGAGUAACAGUGAGGAGCAAUCAUAUUCUAAUCAUACUGGGCUUAUCCCUAAGAUUUCCCCACCCCAGCUGAUCCCAUGGAAAUCACCAGCUUUUUGGACCAAAGAAUCAGUGUCGACAGGACUGUAAUGCCAUUGGCUAUAGGAAAGGUCAGCAUGGUUUAGCUGCACUGCCUGGGCUCUGCAGGGUCCUUGCAGAUCCUCACAUCAUCACCAGUAACACCAACCAGAACAUUUUCCUUAUGUCCACUUUGACUCCUUCGCUGUCAGCAGAGCUGGAAAUAUAAAGGAUUCCUCCCCAGACCCAGGCAAAGCUAAUGGGAGGUCCUUUUCAUUAAGCAUGACUAAUGGGAAUAUAAGGGAAGCAGAGAUUGAGAAAGCAGUGGCCAUUUUCAGAUGGUUCCUUUCUUUACAGACUGCAAGUUAUAUAAAAAUAAAAAAAAGCCUCUCCCCCUUUUCAAGAAAAGAACCCAGCUUCCUUGAUUUUCAAGGGCGUUAUGACACCUACUUCAUUAAAACUGAAAGGCACUGGAAGUGGUCUCACACUGCUUUUAUAACAGCCCUUUGCAAUUCCAGCACAAUAUCUUUUCCCCAGUUGCUGAGAGCAGCUUUCCUCCCAGCCCUCUUUGGGGGCUCAGCAGUUACAGAGCCCCCACUCCCUGCAGCUGACAUGCAUCUGUGGUGGUGCUUUUAUUCAAAUGCAGUUAGCUACAAACUUAG